AUGGAGGUGCAAGUUGGACUUGGCAGCGUGUAUGCCCGGCCGGCGGGCAAGACGUUCCGGGGAGCGUUCCAGAGCCUGUUCCAGAGCGUCCGCGAGGUGUUCCAGAGCCCGGGCGCCGGCCCGCCGAGAGAGGAGCCGGGCACCAGCCCCCAACCUUCCUCCUCCGCCCAAUGCCAACCCGGUGCCCGCCUGCAGCAGCAGAGCCCCCGGCAGCAGCAGCCGGGCUCCCCCGCGUACCUGGCUCUGGAGGAGCAUCCCCAGGGCCAGUGCGUCCCGGCGGCCAAGGGGCUGCAGCCUGAGGACGGGGGCCCGGCUGUCACCCCCUCCUCGGCCCUGUCCCUGAUGAGCUCCGCUUUCCAGGGCUGUUCCGGGGACCUCAAGGAUAUCCUGGGCGAAGCGGGCGCCCUGCAGCUCCUGCAGCCGGAGGCCCAGGCAAGGGGCAGCCGCGCCGAGGUGGCUGGGGCCAAGGAGGACUUUCUGGGGGACAGCGCCAAGGAGCUGUGCAAAGCCGUGUCCGCCUCCAUGGGCCUGGGGGUGGAGGCGCUGGAGACGCCAGGCGAGCUCCUGCCCCGGGAGGAUUGCAUGUUCGCCCUGCCCGGCGGGCACUCCCGGGGCGCAGCGGGCGCCCAGCUCGGGGACUGCAAGAACCCAGCGGGGGCUGCGCUCCUGGAGGAGCCGGGCACCAGCCCGGCCUCCUUCAAAGGGCACUCGGCCGCGGGCAGCGGCCCCGGGCCAGGCGAGAACGUCCUGGCCAUUGACGUGCCCCACAGCCUGUCCCUGUACAAGUGCUCCCCGGGCCUGGAGGAGCCCGCUGUUUUCCAGGGUCGCGAUUACUACAACUUCCAGCUGGCGCUCGCCCCCCACACCCGCAUCAAGCUGGAGAACCCCCUGGACUACGGGCCCGGCAACGCCUGGGCUGCCCAGUGCAGGUACGGGGGGGACAUGGCCAGCCUGGCGCCCCAUUGCCCUGCCUCGGCCCCAGCCUGGCACUCGUUUUUCGCAGAGGAGGGGCAGCUCUACGGCCCAUGUGCAGAGGCAGCUGCUGGCCCUUUCGGCUGCGGGCGAAGCCAGGGGCCACCGGGGCAAGAAGUAAGCGACUUCCCAUCCGACGUGUGGUACCCAGGAGGGAUGGUGGGCAGGAUGCCCUAUGCUGCUGCCUCCGGUUGCAUCAAGAGCGAACUCACCCCUUGGAUGGAGGGCUAUGCCGGGACCUUUGGGGAAAUGCGGUUGGAGGCUGGCAGGGACCACGUUUUGCCCAUUGACUAUUACUUUCCACCGCAGAAGACUUGCCUGAUUUGCGGCGAUGAAGCUUCUGGGUGCCACUACGGAGCUCUCACCUGCGGCAGCUGCAAAGUCUUCUUCAAAAGGGCAGCUGAAGGUAAACAGAAAUACCUGUGUGCCAGCCGGAAUGACUGCACCAUCGAUAAAUUCAGAAGAAAAAACUGCCCUUCCUGUCGCCUGCGAAAGUGCUACGAAGCAGGGAUGACCCUGGGAGCCCGCAAGCUGAAGAAACUGGGCAACCUGAAGCUGCAAGAGGAUGGUGAGGGAGCCAGCUCAUCCAGCCCAACAGAUGAGCAGGUCUCCAAGAUGGUGAUGACACGCAUCGAUGGGUUUGAGUGCCAGCCCAUUUUCCUCAAUGUCCUGGAAGCCAUUGAGCCUGGUGUGGUGUGCGCAGGUCAUGACAACAACCAGCCCGACUCCUUUGCUGCUCUGCUGACCAGCCUGAAUGAGCUUGGGGAGAGGCAGCUGGUGCAUGUGGUGAAGUGGGCAAAGGCCUUGCCAGGAUUCCGUAACCUGCACGUGGAUGACCAAAUGGCACUAAUCCAGUAUUCCUGGAUGGGUCUUAUGAUUUUCGCCAUGGGAUGGAGAUCUUUCACCAAUGUUAACUCCAGGAUGCUUUACUUUGCUCCCGAUUUGGUCUUCAAUGAGUACCGAAUGCACAAAUCCAGAAUGUACAGCCAGUGUGUCAGGAUGCGACAUCUUUCUCAGGAGUUCGGAUGGCUUCAAAUCACUCCCCAGGAGUUUCUCUGCAUGAAGGCUCUACUCCUCUUCAGUAUUAUUCCGGUGGACGGUCUGAAGAAUCAGAAGUUCUUUGAUGAACUUCGAAUGAACUACAUAAAGGAACUUGAUCGUAUCAUCUCUUGCAAGAGAAAGAAUCCCACAUCCUGCUCUCGGCGCUUCUACCAGCUCACCAAGCUCCUGGACUCCGUGCAGCCUAUUGCCAGGGAGCUACAUCAAUUUACAUUUGACCUUUUAAUUAAAUCGCACAUGGUCAGUGUGGACUACCCCGAAAUGAUGGCUGAGAUCAUCUCCGUCCAGGUUCCCAAGAUCUUGUCUGGGAAAGUCAAACCUAUCUACUUCCACAUGCAGUGA